ACGCCACGGCAGCCCGGCCGACAGGGAGGUGAGAGAGGGACACCACGGCAGUCCGGCCGACAGGGCGGUGAGAGAGGGACACCACGGCAGUCCGGCCGACAGGGCGGUGAGAGAGGGACACCACGGCAGUCCGGCCGACAGGGCGGUGAGAGAGGGGCACCGCGGCAGUCCGGCCGACGGAGCGGUGACAGCGCCGCGCGGGCAGCCGGCGGUGCGGAUAAGGCUGAAGGACACCGCUGGGCUCGCCGCCGAACCCCCAGGUCGGAUACCGCCGGAGGACACUGGGCUCGCCGCCGAACCCCCAGGUCGGAUACGGCCGGAGGACACUGGGCUCGCCGCCGAACCCCCAGGUCGUGCGUGAGGCGCGGGUGACUCCACGGCGGACACUGUGGUGACUGCAGAGGUGAAGACCAAGCGCAGGUGAAGAUUCAGCCAGCGCCGCCGCCAUCCAGAAAUGCAAGAGGCUGAUAACGAUCGCACGGCCAAGGCCCAUCCUUGGUCGUGGUAUCGGAUGUCUCUUCUGCUUUCACUGACAUUUAUAAUGAUCCUGGGGUUUGUCGUGCUCGGUGGCGGAGCAGCCAUGCAGUCGGAGUACGGCAAGACGCAGACCCGGCGGUCCGUCUUCCUCUGCGACAUGGUGCUCAAGUGCGAGACAAAGCGGGCACUGUUGCAUCAGCUGAUGACGGCCUGGCGGUGUGACAUCCCUGCCGCGCGGCUGCCGCUGGAGCUGUCGGCCGUUGUCGGGGACGGGACGCCCUCGUGCGACUCUGACCUUCUGGUCCAGCUAGGGCAUGGCGCCCAGGGCGCCCUGGCCACCGGCAUCCUGCUGGUGCUGACCUCGGCUGGUGGAUACGUCGGUGCCAUCACCAGCCGCAGCGGCCCGCUCGCCCUAUAUAUCGUGAUGAACGUGGUGACGACGGUGCUGGAGUUCGCCGCGGUGGGCCUGCUGGUGUACAACAAGUCAGAGUUAGACCAGGUUUCAAAGCAGGCGGCACAGCUGCUGAGCCAGCCGAUGCCGACGUCGGCCCUCUCAGAGAGUGAACUGCUGCCGCUGCUGUCUGAUUAUGGACUGCUGACGGCACCGGGCACCAUACCGACGCGGGCAGCCCGGCCGCCACCCGCCGGCCGGCGCGGCGGCGCCCGGCUGCUGCACAGAACCACACCGGUCGCGCCGGCAGCCAGUGUCAGCCUUCCGGCCGUCGGCGAGGUCUGGACCAUCACACCACCGGCCGUCACUGCAACGAGUUCUUCCAGGGCUGCGGCUGCUGCUGCGGCCAGCUCUCCUCGUCCGGAGGCCAACUCUGCUCGUCCGGAGGCCAUCUCUGCUCGUCUGGAGGCCAGCUCUGUUCGUCCGGAGGCCAACUCUGCUCGUCCGACGGCCAGCUCUGCUCGCCAAGAGGUGGCAGCCGCUGGUGGGGCUGCCCGUCCGCGGCCAUCGCUGAGCUCCACCCCCGGCUGGUCCGGCACAAGACGGCUGGACCGACGACCACGCCGAACCGAGUGGGAAGACCACACGGAGGAGGUCAUCGGACACUGGUCCGGCCCAGCGGUCCAGUGUCUGCUGCGCGGUGCCGAGCUGCCCAUCUCGCACUGCUUCUCACAGCUCGAGGACAACCUGCAGGGAGAACUGGAGCGAGCCAAGCUGGUGCUGGAGCUGAUGCUGGCACCCCUGGUCUGCACCUUCCUGGCCUGUCUGCUCCAGCUGACGACCAUAUUCUCCGCUUGGCACAUGAUCAGCGACCAACAGACUCGCCCCAGCCGGCCCCCGCCACCAUCCGCCCAGCAGCGCACCUCCGGCGUGUGACGUCACAUACGCCCAGCAGUGCACACCCGUCGUCCGAUGCCACACACGUCCAGCACCUCACACCCGGCGUCUGACGUCACACCCACCCAGCAGGGUACAUCCAGCGUACGACAUCACACCAACCUAGAAAAUGGCUUACGGCGUAUGACGCCACAUCCUUCGGGCGGCUUCCCUCCGGCGUGUGGACUACCCUGCAUCUCACUUGGCUUAUGUCACGCCCGCCUGGCAGCUCAGCUGCGGCGCAUGUGAUUGCAUCCGGCGAGCAGCUCACCUCUAGCGUGUGAUAUACGCGGCCGUAAUUCCCCUCCGCCAUGUAGCGUCAUUUAUGACGGUCGUAGCCGAUAGGGGUAUGUUCAGGGACUUGCAGCACCCGGACGAUGGUGUCGGAGCGGCGAGCUAGCACAUAUAGCACCCGGCUGUCUUAGGGAAAUGCGAAGUAUGUUUUUUGUUGUUAUGAUUACUGUGUUGUAUGCUCACCGCCCAUGGUGGUACA